AUGUGCAUUACUAAUUUGCCAAUAAUUUUAAAAUCUGUAGUCAUUUUGAGGGAGGAAGAUGAUGAAAAUGCCGGUAAAGUCAAGAAAAUAAUUAUAUUUCCAUCUGAGAAUGCAGCAGCUGAUAUAACCGACGAAGGUUCCAGGGGUGCAGAUAAUCUUACAAUAGAUAACCUACCUGCAAAACAACUGAACGCUCCUGCAGAAGUUGUUUUUCAAAACAUUGAAGACAACAGCGAUUUUGCUUCGGAUGAUAAUUUGCCCUUGUCCCGAUCGGUAAACCUCCAAAAAAAAAAGAAGAUUGACGGAAAGACUGGAGAAUAUAUCACACAGCGCAUUCUAGAAAAACUAGAAGCUGAUGGUUUGGAUGUGCAAAAAUGUCGUGGACAAUCUUACGACAACGGAUCCAAUAUGGCCGGCAUAUACAAAGAAGUUUAA